GAAGUGUCAGCGCAGGCGGAAGUGGUUGUGCCCUGAAACCCCUGAGCUGAGCAGCGAGAGGAGGACGCCGUCGCUCGAGCCACAAAAUCGCAAACUCUCCUAGCUGACAAACCCGCAAGAUGGACAGGAGCGAGCUGGUGCAGAAAGCAAAGCUGGCCGAGCAGGCCGAGCGCUACGACGACAUGGCGGCCGCCAUGAAGCGGGUGACGGAGCAGAACAAGGAUCUGACCAACGAGGAGCGCAACCUGCUGUCCGUGGCCUACAAGAACGUGGUGGGCGCUCGCCGCUCGUCCUGGCGCGUCACCUCCAGCAUCGAGCAGAAGACCGAGGGCAAUGAGAAGAAGCAGCAGAUGGCUCGUGACUACCGCCUCAAGAUCGAGCUUGAGCUCCAGGAGAUCUGCCACGAUGUGUUGAACCUUCUGGACAAUUUCCUCAUCGUCAACGCGAAGCCGGCAGAGAGCCAAGUGUUCUACCUCAAAAUGAAAGGAGACUACUUCAGAUACCUGUCGGAGGUGGCGUCCAGCGACAACAAGAAGGAAACGGUGACCAACUCGCAGAAAGCGUACCAGUUAGCGUUUGACAUCAGCAAGACGGACAUGCAGUCCACACAUCCCAUCCGACUCGGCCUGGCCCUCAACUUCUCCGUCUUCUACUACGAGAUCCUCAACUCACCGGAGCAGGCCUGUUCUCUGGCCAAGCAGGCUUUCGACGAGGCCAUCGCCGAGCUCGACAGCUUGAACGAGGAGUCGUACAAAGACAGCACGCUGAUCAUGCAGCUACUAAGGGACAACCUGACUCUGUGGACAUCAGAAAACCAGGGUGAUGAGGUGGAGGCCGGUGAGGGCGAGAACUAGUACAGCACCCACCUAACCAACACCCACCAGAAACCCCAACCGAUACCUUUGACAUCCAACACCUGCGCUUCCUCCUCCUAUUCUUCAUGCACACAAACGUUCAUUCCUUCUUCUUCUGUGUAAGAAGCAGCAGCAUGCCCCCCCCCCCCCUCCCCCUCCCCCGAACCUGGCACUCCACAAGCUCUGUUAGAACCUUCUGGCCCGUCCUGUCUCCCUAGGAGGUUUUUUUUUUCUUUUCUUUUCUUUUAAUCUAUCCCCAUUUUCUUCCUACUUCCUUCCUCCUCCUCCUUAACUUCCUAUUGGCUUGUUAGUCCUGCCCACUGGCUGCUUUUAUUCCACUUUAAUCCAAACAAACGACAAGACAAAAAAGGUUAUUAAACUGUGUGUUUAUUUUCAACAACAAUGCUCACGACUUCUCCUUUUCGUCCCACUCAUGCUCGUAAUGCUCGUUUGCUCAUAGACUCGAGGGGGGCGCCAGGGGGAGAACACCCAAGCACCACAUAAAGCAUUUUAGGAACUAAAACAUCGAAGACCUAAACAAUCACAAUCCCGAAGUUUACCGGACCUCUCGAAAAUUUCCAGGAACUAACAGAUCAGAUUACGAGAGGUUUCAGAAAUUAAAUAUUAGACCCCAAAAGUUGAAGAACUAAAAAAUAAAAAUCUGACCCCAAAGGCUCCAGGAACCACACACUCAAAGUUUAGGAACAUAAAGAUCAGAGCCCAAAGGUUCCGGGACCUCUCCAAAAGUUUACCAGCGUUUUGGAAAUUAAAAGAUGGAAACAAAAACAAAAUAAAUAAAUUGGACCCCAAAAGUUCAGGAACAACCAGAGAAACCAAAAGACACCCAAAGGUUGAGGCUUUGGGUCUCACCUGUGAAAACUGCAUUUGCUGUUGUGUUGUUUUCUUGGCUUUGGGUCUCACCUGUGAAAACUGCAUUUGCUGUUGUGAAAACAGGCAGACCAGAGAGCUGUCUAUGGGAGAAAAGCCAACCAUUUUGAAGCUGAGAGAAAAUCGAUCA